UCACCAUAGGCGCCCGCUACCAGGAGCAUGCCGGGAGUGGUAGUUCUGUACUUCCUGGAGUGAAUGGUGCGGGGAAGGAAGCGAGGUUCCUUAUGGAUCUGAACAGUGCCAGCUCCGUCGUGUUGCAGGUCUUGACACAGGCAACCAGCCAAGAUUCAUCCGUACUGAAACCGGCUGAGGAGCAGCUCAAGCAGUGGGAGACACAGCCUGGCUUCUAUAGCGUCCUGCUGAAUAUUUUCACAAAUCAUUCCCUGGAUGUAAAUGUGAGAUGGUUGGCUGUCCUAUAUUUUAAGAAUGGGAUUGAGCGCUACUGGAGGAGGGUGGCACCAAAUGCGCUGUUAGAGGUGGAGAAAUCGGCACUGCGUGUGGGACUCAUCACCAACUUCAAUGAGCCAGUAAAUCAGAUUGCUACUCAGAUUGCGGUUUUAAUCGCAAAAGUGGCAAGGCUCGAUUGCCCCAAGCAAUGGCCUGAGCUUAUCCCGACUCUCAUUGAAUCAGUCAAAGUUCAAGAUGACCUUCUCCAGCACAGAGCAUUGCUUACCUUGUAUCACGUGACCAAGACUUUGUCCUCCAAAAGACUUGCAGCAGAUAGAAAACUCUUUCAAGACCUAGCUUCAGAAAUCUACACUUUUGCCUGCUGCUUGUGGAAUCAUCAUGCUGACACAUUCCUGCAACAGAUCUGCUCUGGAGGCGAUCCGGCUGCUAUUAGCUCAUUGGAAAGAGCCGCAUUGUCACUAAAAGUUCUUCGGAAGCUGACUGUCCAUGGUUUUACAGAACCCCACCAGAAUGCGGAAAUUAUGGGUUUUCUUCAUGCAGUAUUUGAUCGCCUGAGGCAGUUCUUAGAGUGCUGCAGAGGUAUCGGAGCUGAACAUGUUUGCAGGGAGAGGGUGGAGAAGAUUAUCAUACUAUUUACCAAAGUGCUCUUAGAUUUCCUGGACCAGCAUCCAUUCUCUUUUAUUCCAUUAAUCCAGAAAGCGUUGGAGUUUGCCGUAAGCUAUGUCUUCACAGAGGCCAGAGAAGGAGUUGUGUUUGAACGUUUCAUAGUCCAUUGCAUGAGACUCAUUAAGAUGAUUGUGAGGAAUGAUUCCUUUAAACCAUCAAAAAACUUUGAAGACAGCAAGCCAGAAACAAUCAAUGCUCACCAAAUAAAGAUGUCAUUCUUCACUUACCCCAUCCUGAUGGAGAUAUGCCGCAGACUAGUCACCCAUUAUUUUGUCCUCGGUGAGGAAGAGCGAGCAAUGUGGGAGGAGGACCCAGAGGGUUUUGCGGUGGAGGAGAGCGGCGGAGACUCGUGGAAAUACAGUCUGAGGCCGUGUUCAGAGGUUUUAUUUAUUGACAUCUUUCAUGAAUAUAGCCAGAUCCUGACGCCUGUGCUGUUAGAAAUGGUUCAUACUCUUCAAGGUCCAACUCCAAUAGAAGAUUUGAAUGCUUUAUUAAUUAAAGAAACAGUUUACAAUGCUGUGGGACUGGCUGCAUAUGAAUUAUUUGACAGUGUGGACUUCAAUGAGUGGUUUAAAAAUCAACUGCUUGGAGAACUGCAAAUUACCCAUGAUAGGUAUAAAUUGUUACGUCGCAGAAUAAUUUGGCUGAUUGGACAAUGGGUCUCUGUAAAAUUCAAAUCUGAGUUGAGACCAUCACUGUAUGAAGCAAUUCUAAGUUUGCUGCAAGACCAAGACUUAGUAGUUCGCAUUGAGACAGCAACCACGUUGAAGCUGGCAGUUGAUGAUUUUGAAUUCAGAACAGAACAAUUCCUGCCGUAUCUGGAAUCAUUGUUUCAACUACUUUUUCAACUACUUCAGCAAGUUACAGAAUGUGACACAAAAAUGCAGGUUCUCCAUGUGCUUUCAUGCGUCAUAGAGAGGGUCAAUGUGCAGAUCAGGCCCUACGUUGGCUGCCUAGUCCAAUACUUACCUCUGCUCUGGAAACAAAGCGAAGAGCACAAUAUGCUACGAUGUGCUAUACUAACAACACUAGUUCAUCUAGUAAAGGGCUUAGGCAGAGACAGCCAGAAUGUAUAUCCAUUCCUGCUUCCUGUAAUUCAGCUGAGUACAGACGUGUCCCAGCCACCACACAUCUACCUCCUGGAAGACGGCCUGGAAUUAUGGUUAGCAACAUUGGAAAAUUGCCUUUUAGUAACCCCUGAACUCCUCCGGAUCUUCCAGAAUAUGUCUGCUUUACUAG